UUAUCCUUCCGCUCCCCUUAGCAACCCUCAGCCGUUACUGAGGUCUACCUUCCCGCCCCGCGUUUGCUAUUGUCGACUCUCGACUCCCAUUGGUGGUUGUCCGUGUCAAUCAUCUUCGACAUUUGGCGCGGGUGAAGCAGGCGCUCUGGUUUUGUUUGCUCUCUGCAGCGUAAGCGGUGGAUGGUGGUUCUGGCGGCACGGGACGGCGAGGUCAGCCGCUCUGAGACGCUAAACAGCUGCGGGGGCUUCGAAAGCGGAUCUCCCACGGAAGGGCGAUAAUCCCACGGCGCUCCUCUGCUGGUAAAUAACAUGUAAAAGGAGUUUAAAUGACAGCAAAAGAUACCACUCCUGACGAAGUAGGAGCUGUUAGUGUCCCUUACGGACAUGUGAUUGGAAAUGAGAAAUGGAGAGGGUCACAGAUAGCUCAAGGAUUACAAGGGAAAAUUAAGCUAAUUCUUGAAGAUGGCUUAGGACUUGUGGAUUUUCAUCUUUCAAACAGAUCUUGCAUUUUGUAUAUUUCGGAAGCAGAUUUGGUGGCAGGAAGUAGCUUCAAAAGACGUCUUGUUCGAUUUAGAAAUGCCAGCAGUCUUCAUGGGAUUGUGAUAGUUGAAAAAACCCAGAUAAGUGAUCAAUACUUUCCGGCAGUGCAGAAGUUUAUUGUGCUAGAACUUGGAAUGACAUUGCUUCCGGUGGCCAAUCAGGGAGAAGCAUCUCAACUUAUUAUUCAGCUAGUCCAUGAGCAAAGUAAGGAUCACACUAGUAACCCCUUUCUUCAUAAAAAAUGUUCCCAGCUAGUGGAGGCAUCAAUACUUCGGACAGUCCAGCAGAUUCCAGGAGUUGGGAAAACAAAAGCUCUGCUUCUACUACAGCAAUUUGUAAGCAUCCACCAGCUUUGCAAUGCAUCUGUCCAGGACCUCGAGCUAGUAGUAGGACAAACAAUAGCACAACAAAUUCAUGCUUUCUUUACACAGACAAAGUGACAUUCGCUCAUUAAUAUCUCAGACAAACAUGAGGGUUUUCUCCUUUGGAAGUGGAGAGUAAUCUUUGAGUCCUAUUCUAGGUGGAAUUGAUUUAUAUUUUUAAAGAACAAUUCAAGGAUGGACUCCAUUUCCACCUAGUGUCUAUGCUGAAGGCAUCAUUGUCACACCCAAUCAGCAACUAAAAAGAGAUGAGCAGGGAUCUUGAGAUUUCAGCCCUCUACUUAUGUCACAGCUUCACACACACAACAUAUUCUGUCUUCUCCCCACCCCCAAACUCUGCUUGCAUUGCCAGAUCUUCAGCAGACAUAUGUGGAUGUAGCUGCAUUUAAACCAAGUUGUGAUCUGGCCCCUUCUAUUUCAUGUUCUGAGUGCAGUUUCAUGGUGGUUGUCAGGGAAUUAUUUGAGUUUCUCAUUGUGCAUGAACACUUGAGUUGUGUGCUAUUCCCUUGUGUCUGAGCUGUUGGUUUUUUUCUUUUCUAUAAACCUCAUUUAGGGCCCAAUCCUACAGCCCUUGGUCAUGCCAUUUUGUUUGGUUCACUUUAAUGGGACUAGCAUGAGUAUGAGCUGCAGUACUGAACCUAUGCUUUUAUUACUUUGGAGGCUGCUUUGAGCAGUUCAGCUGCAGUUUCUUAGGUUUUAAAUUUCCAUGGUCAUUUGAAUGGAGCCCUUUUCUAAUAACCUGCCGGAUAUUAUCAUACGUACUUCCUCCUUAUUGCAAGAUGUCCAAUAAACUAGGAUGUUUGUUCAUACCUUUUAGUUUUUUCUGGUUUAAGAUAACUAUAAUGCUUUAUCGGCAUGCCAACAUCAUCCGCCACAGAAUAUAAAAUUUCACAGUCCAACUUCCUUUCCCCUUUACCAGCCCUUCUGAAAUAGUUUCCUAUAAAGGACAGGGUUGCUGUGCAUUCCUGGCUACGUUGGACUUAAUUGUCAGUGGAGGUUCCCUGUCCUUCCAUUUCUUUUAGAGCAAAAUUGUCUCUUGCCCCAGACCCCAGUUAUGAAGUCUAUCUAAGGUGGGCUCCUUGCAUUGCAGGUCUGUGUAGGGGGAAAGUAGCCUUUGCAGGGUUGCUGCUCCCCCCUCUCAUGCAGAUGGGUGGAGAGUGGCAAGGAAGGAGCAGGGAAUGGACCCCUUCACACCCACCCAAGGCACCAUCUAGUAUAGAGGGAAAGCAAUUACUGGUAUGGACUCCUUAUUAGUGGAUGAGAGUAACUUUCAUUCUAGCCCUAAAUGUUCAAAUUAUUGAAUGUCAAUGAUUCCUGGAACUAUGGAACAAGCUAUUGCACUUCUGGGGCUUGCUUCUGCGAGUUUAAAUCUCAUGUAAAUACAUGUUCAUUGUCCCUUCUCUCACUCCUUCCCACAUACACACUUUCCUUAAGUAGACUGUGGGGCUAUAAAACCUUUCUGUUGUACGCUGUGAUGUGUGUAUUGCUUGGCAAUCUUUUAUCUACUGGUACUGCAGGACAAGCACUUUUUAAAUAUUUCAAAUGGCUGGCUGUUCAGUACAUUAAAUAAAUCAAGAAGGUAGGUAAUUAGAGCAGUGACUCUUAGUGCUAAUGGGCUGAGCUGCUAAUCUAUUAUAAAACCUGUAUUUCCAAGAUUUGGUAACACCCAUAGACAUUCCUUGUGAGUGAUCCUUGUAAGGCUCUUAGCCCCAAAGUAAUCUUUAAACAUACGUUCGACACAGUUUUUGUGUUGCACAAACAGAACUUUAUUUUUCAAAUGCAAUUUGCUGUGGAAUUGGUAAGGUAAACCCUAAUGAUUUUGGUCAUUUAAAAAUAAACUGUCUGAGAUAAGCUAUAAUGAGUCUCCUGUGAGUUGCCAGAAAAUAUUGUAAAAGUUAUGAAAAAUGAGUUGGUAUUUGAGGGGAGAAGGGUCUCUGAUAUUUAGCCAUGGAGUGAAAGUACAUUUGAGGUCCAAAUUAUGGGUCAAAAUUUGAUGAAAACAAUUUUCAAAAGGACUGGUUUGGGUUUUUUGUUUUGUUUACCCUGGUAAUAGACUUAAAUUAUAAAAGACAAAGUAAGCCCAAAAGAGGGGAAUAUUUAUGUGAGCACUGUCUUGUCAGGCUGAGGGUUAUUGCUGUAUCCUCCUACAACAGAGUAUAUUGAAUUCUACUGCAUGGAAUGUCAGACCUAAACAAUUUGUAUUAUAUCACCCCCCUAGUGACUGCAGCCUGCAUAAAUAUAAAAGCUCUAUUACCUGUGUCCAUUGGAAAUCCUCUGAGUCUUUCCUAGACUGCCACAAGAUGGCAAUCUAAUUCAAAGUAGAGAAAGUGAACAUCUUAAAGAAUAAGUGAUUUGCAGCACUUAUAAAAUUAAAAUGAAUAAAAUUGAAGAUGACAAACCUUUACAAAAUAACUCCAGACUGAAAUUUUUUUAGAAUACUUUAUCUUGUAACGAUGCUAGUUUUAUAGGGUUAGUUCCAAUAUUGCACAAUGAAAGUCUAACUUGAGAAAGUUGUCUGCUAAUUCAAUGUUAUCCUUUAUGAAGAAACUAUAUGAACAUGAGUCUGCUAGCACAUAGCUUCAAAACGAAGUCAACAGUGAAACUUUUGUAAGUUAUACUGUUUCAUCCAAUCUGUAAAGAAUGAAAAAAGCCACUACUAAAUGGCAGCAUGAUUUUUAUUCUUAAAUAAGCUUUUAAAUUUAACAUAUUUACAUCUAUCAUAUAACACAAAACCAAACAAGUGAAAGAUUAUACCCACGGUGUCUCAAAAUGUGCAUGGUACACACUUUUUUCCAUUAUUGUUUAGUGUUUUGAGUAUCAAACAGCAUAUAUCUACUCUGUAGAUAGCAUCUUAAUCUAACACUACAGUGUUAGCAACUUUAAAACAAUCAGAAAAUUAUAUAAACAAAUCUUCUCUCAUAAGGAAAUUAACACACAGUUACACUUUAGAUGGCUUCCCAAUUUGCGUUUUAGUUCAAUAUGGAUUGUAAAUUCUUUGACGCACAGCCCUUGUUCUCAUAUGUCCAUAAAGUACCUAGCUCUCAUUUGGCAAUAUAUAAUAAAUAAUGAUUUAUGGCUGAGUGACUUAAAGACCAUUUUAAAAUUACACACUUCUAAAGUGUCAUCAUAAAUUGUAUAUUUUGACUCGAUUAUUUUAGCUGUAAAAGUGUGAAAUUAUACAUAACUUUCACUCAUUUUAACAAGGCUAAUAAUACAAAAAGCUUGUACUUAGCGAGUUAAAUAAUUUCAAGUUGGGAGCAAACCUUGUUUCUAAUUAAUUUAACAAGACGUAAGACAUUAAAAGUGAAUCUUGAUUUUUUUUUAAUUAGUUUUGUCCAACUCUUUUGUAGCUGAAAUGUGAUCUCCUUUUGAUAGUUAAGCUAUUGCAAUUAUUCUUUUCCUACAGUGAAAUUCACACUAAUGUAGAAGGAAAACACUCAAGAGGGCUUAAAGUGUGAGCUACAUGGUACAUAGGCCUUGUACUGUCCCUUUGCAGUGUGUAAAUUUCACCUAAGUGAAUAAUAGUUCUGUCGUAACAAACUUGUCUGUUCUGGUCAUUUGUUCUGUAGUUAGCCUUAGUUUAAACUGAUGCUUAGCCAUUUUAACUUUUAUAUUUAAAAAAAUCCUUCAUUUUAUGUCCAGUACUACUCUAUAUACAGUAUCAUAUGUAAUAAAUAAUUGUCAUCUAAAGGGUGCAUAGAAAUGAACGAAAACACCCCCAUACUGAAAUUCCAAAAGAAUCCAGUUUCAGCUAAAGUAAGUUAUUUUUUGUUUGAUUUUUACAAAUGAUUCGAUACUAGGGUUACCAUCCGUCCGGGUUUUUCAGCUUUAAAUAGCUGUCUGGGGGGGGGGG